AUGAAGACUACUGUCGCUUGUCUGUUGGCGGCGGCCUCCGUGGCAUAUGCCCAGGUUACCAACGUGUCGGAGCCUUCCCUCUCUUCAAUUGAGAAGGAUGCUGCCACCAUCAAGCCGUACUCGCCGGUGUCGAACGUUCAGGGUCUUGCCUUCAACCGCUUCUUUCAGAUUUGGCUUGAGAACAUCGACUAUACGGAUGCGGCCGCCGACGAUAAUAUGAAGUGGCUCGCCUCCCAGGGUAUCACACUGACCAAUUUCCACGCCGUCACUCAUCCUUCUGAGCCAAACUACUGCGCCUCCGCCGCUGGAGACACCUUCGGCAUGGACAACGAUGAUUUUAUUCAGAUCCCCGCCAACGUGUCGACCAUUGCCGAUUUGUUCGACACCAAAGGAAUUUCCUGGGGAGAGUACCAGGAGCACCAGCCCUACCCCGGAUUCCAGGGAUUCAACUACUCCAACCAGAAGACUUACGACCCCGACUAUGUGCGUAAGCACAACCCUCUCGUCCUGUUCAACUCCAUCGCCGAGAACAGUACUCGUUUGCGCCAGAUUAAGAACUUUACCAGCUUUGAGGACGACUUGGCCAGCCACAAGCUUCCUCAGUACGGCUUCGUUACUCCUAACAUGACUAACGAUGCGCACGACACCAACAUCACAUUUGGUGCGAAGUGGGAGCGCACCUGGGUCACUCCCUUGCUCAACAACUCCUACUUCAUGAAUGACACUCUGCUUCUUCUGACUUUUGACGAGGACGAGACUUACGCUAAGCACAACAAGAUUUUCAGCGUUUUAGUGGGUGGUGUCAUUCCUGAUCAACUGAAGGGUACCACGGAUGAUACCUUCUACACCCAUUACUCUGUCAUCGCUUCCCUCUCUGCGAACUGGGGCUUGCCGUCUCUUGGACGCUGGGACUGCGGUGCUAACAUCUUGGAAAUUGUUGCGAACAAGACUGGCUAUGUCAAUUAUAACGUUGACACCACCAACUUGCAUGUCAACGAGACCUACCCCGGUCCGUUGUCUGCUGGCAUUUAUUCCAAGUACUCAUCUGUUUGGCCCAACCCCUUGACCAACGCCACCUGCUCCGCCGGUCAUGGCAUUCUGGACAUUGUGAAGGAGACCUACGCCAACACUCAACCUACCUACAACUACACCAGCCCCUACCCUUAUGACACCAAAUCCGGAUACAACGUCAAUGUCACAGCGACCAAGAAGUCGGCUACCUCCAGCUCUAACUCCACCUCUUCUUCCUCGUCCCCUAGUCCUUCCACCAACGCCGGUAUUUCCCUUGUGUCGCCCAGCACUGGUCUGUCCGGUCUCGUCAUGGGACUGGUGCUCAGUUUGUUGUGACGGCGAUCUGCACUUGAGCUUGGGCUUGACUGUAAAGCGCCAGUUGCAUUUACAAAUAGAACUGGGGCAUAGGCGAUAUGAAGUGGGACAGAAUCAUGGAGAAAAGCGGUUUAAAUGUAUUUUAUGAAUGGUAAUGAC